ACUGACCAGAAAGCCAUGACCCCCGGCAAGAAGAACCCUGUCCUUAUGGAUGGAGUCAUACUUAAUGGGCCUCAAACAGACGUGAGAGCAGGAGAAAAAUUUGUUGAAGAAGCCUGUAGGCUGAUAAUGGAAGAGGUGGUUUUGAAGGCUACGGAUGUCAAUGAAAAGGUGUGUGAGUGGCAGCCUCCUGAGCAGCUGAGGCAGCUCCUUGACCUGGAGAUGAGGGACACAGGAGAGCCACAAGACAAGCUGCUGAAACUCUGCCAAGACGUCAUCCACUUCAGCGUCAAAACCAACCAUCCAAGAUUUUUCAACCAGCUGUAUGCUGGCCUUGACUACUACUCCUUAGCAGCCCGGAUUAUAACAGAGGCGCUGAAUCCAAGCGUUUAUACGUAUGAGGUGUCCCCAGUGUUUCUGUUAGUGGAAGAGGCGGUUCUGAAGAAAAUGAUUGAAUGUGUUGGCUGGAAAGAAGGGGAUGGAAUAUUUAACCCAGGUGGCUCAGUGUCCAAUAUGUGUGCAAUGAAUUUAGCUAGAUACAGACAUUGCCCUGAUAUCAAGGAGAAAGGCCUGUCUGGUUUGCCAAGAUUAAUCCUUUUCACGUCGGCAGAGUGUCAUUACUCCAUGAAGAAAGCGGCCUCCUUCCUUGGGAUUGGCACCCAGAAUGUGUACUUUGUGGAAACGGAUGAAAGAGGUAAAAUGAUCCCCGAGGAGCUGGAGAAAGGAAUCUGGCAGGCGAGACAAGAGGGGGCAGUGCCAUUUCUUGUCUGUGCUACCUCUGGUACCACCGUGCUGGGCGCCUUCGACCCCCUGGAUGAGAUUGCUGAGGUCUGUGAGAGGCAUGGCCUCUGGCUCCAUGUGGAUGCCUCUUGGGGUGGCUCAGCUUUGGUAUCAAGAAAGCACCGCCAGCUCCUGCAUGGCAUCCACAGGGCUGACUCGGUGGCCUGGAACCCACACAAGAUGCUGAUGGCUGGAAUCCAGUGCUCCGCUCUACUUGUCAAGGACAAAUCUGAUCUCCUUAAGAAGUGCUACUCAGCUAAGGCGGCCUACCUGUUCCAGCAGGAUAAGUUCUAUGAUGUCAGCUACGACACGGGAGACAAAUCCAUCCAGUGUAGCAGGAGACCCGACGCGUUCAAGUUCUGGAUGACCUGGAAGGCCCUGGGCACCUCAGGACUCGAGGAGAGAGUUAAUCGUGCCUUUGCGCUAUCUAGGUACCUGGUAGAUGAAAUCAAGAAAAGAGAAGGAUUCAAGUUACUGAUGGAACCUGAAUAUACCAAUAUUUGCUUUUGGUACAUCCCACCGAGUCUCAGAGAGAUGGAAGAAGGACCAGAGUUCUGGAAGAAUCUCAGCUUGGUGGCCCCGGCCAUUAAGGAAAAAAUGAUGAAGAAGGGAAGUGUCAUGCUGGGCUACCAGCCCCACCGAGGGAAGGUCAACUUCUUCCGCCAGGUGGUCAUCAGCCCUCAAGUGAGCCGGGAAGACAUGGACUUCCUCCUGGAUGAGAUAGACAGCCUGGGUAGAGACAUGUAGCCAUGGCUGUUGCCCCCCAGAGGC